CAAAUUCUCUCGGGCCCCCACCAUGCGUCAUAAACCUCAAACCGGGACUGCGGGGGAGACAGAAAAAGGUCGAGAUUCACAAGCCAGAGCGACCUUGAACAUCGUCUCUGACUACGACCGCAGCGGGAUUAGAUUCUAAUGAGAGAUUAUCCAAGGGUCAAUUAGGAUAAGACAACACUGAGGAGACAAUUGCUACUCAAAAUAACUGCCCCAGACGAAGCUGACGUAUACGUAUGUCACCGGGUAAACUAUACCCUCGUCGCACUUCCCGCAAGACCAUUUAUACCCGAUCUCUGCUGCUGCUACUCACCUCCGCCCUUGUUCUAAUCCUGGCGACCUUCUUCUCUCCCGCCCUGUCUCGUCUUGUCCGCUUCUCCAAACACAUUGUACCCCAGCGGGCGACCAUCUCAGCCAGCAGCAGCAUCAACACUAGGACAAGCACAAUGGCCUCCUCCGACUCCUCCCCCUACGCCAAGGAGCUCCUCGUCGCGCAGCUGGCCGUCCAGCGAGCCGCCCAGCUGACCAAGCGCGUCUUCCACGAGUCGGCCAAGGGGACCGUGUCCAAGGACGACAAGUCGCCCGUGACGAUUGGCGAUUUCGGCGCCCAGGCGCUCAUUAUCUCAGCGCUGCGCCACAACUUCCCGGGCGACGAGAUCGUCGCCGAGGAAGAGUCCUCCCAGCUGCGCGGCGACGACGCCGACUCCCGGGCCCUCCGCGAACGCAUCUGGGACCUCGUCCGCACGACCCGCCUCGACGACGACGACGCCGAGACCCGCGUGCUGGGCGGCGCCGUCCCCAGCGUCGAGGCCAUGCUCGACCUGAUCGGCGCCGGCGGCAGCAAGGGGGGUUCCAAGGGCAGGAUCUGGGCCCUCGACCCCAUCGACGGGACCAAGGGCUUCCUGCGCGGGGGCCAGUACGCCGUGUGCCUAGGGCUACUCGUCGACGGCGAAGUCGAGGUCGGCGUUCUGGGCUGCCCGAACCUACCCGUCGACGACGCCGCGCCGCUGAGCGCCGACGUGGGCGACGAAACGGGCGCAACCGACGACAACGGCCGCGGCGUCAUCUUCGCGGCCGUGCGCGGCCAAGGUGCCGAGAGCAGGCCUCUCGGCACCGGGGGUCUGGGCGAGGGCAGGUCCAUCUCGGUGCGGCCGAUCUCCGACAUCUCGGCGGCCAGCUUCUGCGAGAGCGUCGAAGCCGGCCACUCGAACCAGGGGGGCGCCGCGCAGAUUGCCCAGAAGCUCGGCAUCACGCGCCCUAGCGUCCGUAUGGACUCGCAGGCAAAGUACGGCUCCGUCGCGCGCGGCGCCGGUGACAUCUACCUGCGCCUGCCCACGUCCAAGUCGUACCAGGAGAAGAUCUGGGACCACGCCGCCGGCGACCUGAUCGUGAGGGAGGCGGGCGGCCAUGUCACCGACACCACGGGGAAGAAGCUGGACUUUGGCCACGGGAGAACCCUGGCCGAGAACAAGGGCGUGGUCGCCGCGCCGGCGGCUGUUCACGGUCAGGUGCUGAGCGCUGUGCAGGAGGUCCUGGGGUUGAAAUGAGGGAUAAGGGAGGUUCGUAGUGUCUACGGCGGGGAGACUUGAUUCAUCCCACGGUACCUCCCCGAAAAAAAAUAGAAGAUACAAGUCUGUAUGUAUAUAGCACAGGUCUGGCCCACGCAAUUGUGUGCCCGGACAAAAUUAGAAGUACAAAAAUAGGCCUUGCGCCACCUCUCUUCUA